CUCUGGCGUGGUAUUGUAUUGGGUGUUACUGCCAUCAUUGCAGCUGUCAUUAUCGCCGUGGUGGUAGUCGUUGUGCGACGACAGCAGUGGGAUCGAAUCGGCGACCUGCAUGCAUUAUCAAAAUACGCCAACAUCACCUUGAUGGAAACCGUACAUGAUGAUACCACAUAUGGCAGCAGCAGCAACAAUAACAGCAAAAAGCUCUAUGUAAUUGGCGACAUUCAUGGGUCCAUUGAUGAAUUCAACACCUUGGUAUCCAAGCUGCAAUACAACUAUGAUGCCGGCGACCGGAUUGUUCUGGCAGGCGAUUUGGUGAUGCGUGGUCCCGAUAGUGUCGGGGUGAUUCGUCGGGCAAAGGAAUUAAAAGCAUUAUGCGUACGCGGUAAUCAUGAUGACAAGGUCGUACGCAUGAAGACGUAUCUGCGCUCAGGCCAGCCAGUGUUCAGGACUGGGAUUAUUCCCGAAGGACCCGUGAUGGAUCCACUCGAGUUUGACAAUUACCAUAUGGAUGUUGCACAAAAUAUGACCGAUGCCGACUAUGAAUAUUUGGCCAAUUGCCCCAUGAUCCUGGCUAUUCCAUCACAGCAAGCUCUCUUUGUCCAUGCGGGCGUGAACCCAUAUCGAUCUUUGGAUAACCAGCAACCAUUUACUAUCAUGAACGUACGCACCAUUGAAGACAACCUCUCACCGACCAAGAAGAAGGGUGGUGAGGAAUGGUCGGAUAUUUGGAACGUGCAGCAAGAGAAAAACGACUCGACUUUUCCACCUGAGUAUCGGAAAAUCUUUUAUGGUCAUGCCGCCGGUAAUGGCCUGCAGCUAAAAAAUUAUACAUUUGGCGUCGACACCGGUUGUGUCUAUGGUCGACAGCUGACAGCAUUGGAAGUCAAAACGGGCCAGUUAACUCAGGUGUCUUGUAAGGAGCACUAUAAGAACUAGUAUGGUGACAAACCGAACAGAAUACUGUAUGGGUAAUUGUCGUUGAAUACCUUAUCUUAUUAUUACUACUACUACUAUCACUGCUACAAUAGCGGCAGCAUUGGAACGUUUUCUCCGGUCUUCCGUCGCCUAUUAUUGAGUACCGCAUUAUAAUGACAACCGCCG